AGGAGAGUAUACUUAGCUUAGAACGUCAAAUUGUUUAUAUUACAAUAAUAUGGCUUUAAUAUAUUAUGACAAAACUAUAAAAACUUCUUAUGAACUUAUAUUAACUGGCUUGAAAGAGACAUCAAGAGCUACAUCUAUUCAUGAAUUAGGAAAUUAUGUUACUGUUAAAACAGACUUUCCAGUUAGCCUAUGCUAUCAAAUAAUUAGAAAAGCCUUAGAUAAAGGUCUGGCUUGCAAAACUAUACGACAAAUUGGUGAUCUCUAUAUGGCCAUUCCCUCGAAUAUGGAAAUCACGACCAAGUUAAAACAAUUGAAUCGCUAAAAGAGAAACCCUACUGCGUAUAAUUUAAGGAUUGCGUUAGAUGCCGAUUGCAUAAGGGAAAUCAUCAUAAAACCAUUUAACAACGUUGUACAAUCAGAUAAUAUUUUUUCGCAGCAAUAAACAGGUGUUCCAAAGUCAAAUGCUAAUUAGAUUCAACUUUACUCAAACUAAAAAAAUAUUUUGGCGACAUUUUCGGCAGAAAAUUAUUCUUUUACAUAUAUACAAUAGCAAUUAUCAAAUCAAUUAUCAAAUAUUACAUUAAAGCAUAUGGUAAACGAAUGUGCACACAUAAGAUCCUGGUGAUGCUGUGUAUGGCGAUGACAAUUGCUUGCCUGCUGCAGACAGGGGAUACAUACCCUUCCAUUGGACAUUAUGGAAAGAGAUUCGAUCCAAUGAGUGGAAUUGAUUUUAUACAGAUUUGUCUCAACAACUGUGCGCAAUGUAAAAAAAUGUUUGGUGAUUACUUCCAAGGACAGACUUGCGCCGAAUCGUGCCUAAAGUUUAAAGGGAAGGCCAUUCCUGAUUGUGAAGAUAUUGGAUCCAUAGCACCAUUCCUCAAUGCCCUUGAGUAAAUGCUUUUCGAGUUUAAUUCGCACCUUGCGAUUUUAUUCGCAUCCAAAAGAUUAUAUUAAUCAUUAUAAUACUGAACCUUCUGUCACUUUGCGAAACACAUCUAUCCUGUUAAAUUGAUGAAGCUGAAGAUCAUGUAACCAAAGAAGUUUUAACAAUCUGUAGAAAAUAAAUACUAGCACUUAAAGCACAUAUAAUUUUUCACAUUUUAUUU